AACCUAGCUGUUACUAUAUUUAACAACGCAGUACUUGCUCAUGGGUUUAUAUAGAGUGAAGACAUGAAAAAUAAUUUAAGAUGGGUCUAACAAGAUCAAGAUUCAGCAGUGAUCACGACGAUCAAGAAACAUGGCAAUCAUCGAGGAAAUUUAUAACAGAGAAGGCCCAGCGCGAGCCGUUGACCCCGAAGCAGGUGAAGAAUCGGUCCGGGGCUUACGUAUGGGAGGUCAACGACAUGAUGAAGUUGCAAAGGUUUCUGUUCCUAGGGGCAGAUAACUCUUUCUGUUACAAGGCGGUCACCAAUGAGCCCAAGAGAGAAAAUGCCCAAUGCGUUGAUAGACUUAUUGCAGACGGUAAAGGACCAGAGGUGGUCGAGCUAAUCCGAACUAUUAGCUUGGCCGGUCGGGCUGCGAGACAGAACCCAACCAUUUUUGCUUUAGCCAUCUGUGCAAGAUCGAAUGACACGAAAACUAAGACACUGGCGUAUGCUGCGCUGAACGAAAUGUGUAGAAUUCCCACACAUUUGUUUAUGUUUGUCAAAUACUGUGAAGACGUAAGUUCUGGAACUGGCUGGGGCCGAGCCCACAGACACGCGAUCGUCAAUUGGUAUAUGAAUAAAUGUAAAAACCCAACGGCGGUAGCUCGUCUGAUUACCAAGUAUAGGAAUAGAGAGGGAUGGACGCACCGUGACGUGGUUCGUCUGGCUCACCCUAAAGCAACAGACGACACUUUGAAUAUUAUUCUGAAAUUUAUCAUGAAAGGUUUCAUAGAGGCACGGGCGCUGGCGGAUAAACAAAUGGGCAAUGACGAUAAGCUAAUGAAGAUGAUAGCGUUCCUAGAAGCCACGGAGAAAGCGAAGAGAUGCACAGAUGAAGAUGAAAUGGUCAAAAUGAUCCAGACGCAUGGUUUAGAGCGGGAGCACAUCCCGACGCAGUUGUUGAACUCGAGGAAAGUUUGGGAAGCUCUUAUUAUGAACUUGAAAAUGGAAGCAGCAAUUCGUAAUCUUGGGAAAAUUACAUCAUUGGGACUGUGUGGGGAAGGUUCUUUUGUUGAACAAGCAAUAUGUAGUAAACUGACAGAUGAAAAAGCGCUUAAAGAGGCAAGAAUUCAUCCAUUCAAGGUUUUACUGGCUUUGACCACGUACGAAAAGGGUAGAGGAGAAAAGGGACAUUUGAGUUGGGAACCAAACAAGAAUGUUAUUGCAGCUCUCGAUAAAGCGUACUAUUUGUCAUUUGCAUCCGUGGAACCGACCGGGAAACGGUACUUGUUGGCUAUAGACGUAAGUGGUUCCAUGAAUGUUCCAUGCGUCGGGAGUCAGACCAUAACGUGUCGUCACGCCGCCGCAGCAAUGAUGAUGGUCACGGCAAGGUCGGAAGCAAAUUUUGAUAUCGUCGCUUUCUCGCACCAUCUUAUGCCAAUGGACAUAAAUAAAAAUGACACAUUGCCCGAAGUUCUCGAAAAAACAGAGCGCCUCCCAUUUGGUGGUACAGACUGUGCUUUACCCAUGCUUUGGGCGGAUGAAAAUAAAAAGAAGUACGAUGUAUUCAUUGUAUAUACGGACAGUGAAACAUGGUACGGCAGGAUUCACCCGUCACGUGCUCUCAAAGAUUACAGAGAAAAUAUGAAAAUUCACGAUGCGAAACUGAUUGUCGCUGGAAUGGCUUCAAACGGAUUCAGUAUUGCAGACCCAGACGACCUGGGUAUGUUGGACAUCGUUGGCUUUGACUCGGCCGCUACCCAGACAAUUGCCAACUUCAGUCUUGGUAAAAUGUAAAUUAAAGGAAUUCAAACUUUAGUGUUAAUAUUGUUUCUCUUGUUACAAUUAAACUGUUAAAUUCUCGCAGGUCAUAAAAAGUCAUCGCGUAUAUCAUUAUCGUGACGUGUCGUGACGUAACGUCGAAAAAUCAAGCCAAUGAGACUACACAAAGUCAGGCUAGCGCUUGUGUGAUUGAAAAAAAUAUCAGAUUAUACAUUGUAUCAGACAUUGUUUUUAAAACAAUAAUCAGAGAGCCGUAAUUUGUUUACUGAAGCGGAUUCACAGUCUUAUCUAGAAAGUCAACGAUUUCCUCGUGUGUUUGACUGUCAUUAACUCCUUAUAUUGCAUAACUCUUAAAUGUAGGUAAUUCUCUGUAAAGGUUUUCUAACUUCUAUGUAACUUAUUAUGACAAUUAAAUAAUGCACUUCACGUUUUCUAUUAAGAACAUGCAUGUAAAAAGUAUAAAAAGUAUGUGUAAUUAAAUGAUAACUGUUAAUUUUAAUAUGU